CACAGGUACGAGGCAGCCUCGGGUGAGCCGGGCAGGGCGAUGCCGCCCUUUAUGUCUUUUCAAGCCCCACGGCUGGAAUCGGGAUCCUCUUUCGCGGGGUGCAAAAGGGCGUCUGUGGAUGCUUGGUAGAGCCAAGCCAGCGCUGGGGGAAAGACGAGAGACGGCGGCAGAUUUUUUUCUCGCGUCUCAUCGAGCCUGGCUGUGCCGCUGGGCUGUACAGAGGCUCCUGCCAGCCACAAUGUCCUCACCGGUGACCGGGGACCCGGUCUGGCCGCGGGUGGCAAAGCUGUUCCUGUUGCUGCUCCAGCUGAGCGCCCCUCGAGCCUCCCCGCAGCCCCACCGCUGCCCUGCCGCCUGCAUCUGCACCUCCGACCUGCUGAGCUGCAGCCGGCAGAUGCUGCAGCGGGUGCCCCAGGCACUGCCGCCCACUACCACCACGCUAGACCUCAGCCACAAUGCCCUCACCCAUCUCCACGAUCGCUGGCUGGCCGCCCUACCGCACCUCGAGGCCCUUCACAUCAGCCACAACCAGAUUCGGGACCUUUCUCCACGGGCUUUCCACAAUGCGUCCUUCCUGCGGCACCUGGACAUGUCCUCCAACCACCUGCACGCCGUGGAAAGGCACUACUUCGAGGCGCUGCUCAGCCUGGAGGAGUUGCUGCUCUACAACAACCGCAUCACGCGGGUGGAUGAAAAUGCUUUUGCCAAGCUGAGUGGUCUGCGGAAAGUCUACCUGAGCUGGAACAACCUGACCACCUUCCCCUUCCAUGCGGUGCAGGGGCUGGGAAUCUACAACCUCCGCACGCUGGACCUCUCCUCCAAUAACCUGAGCAGCGUCCCCGUGGAGGUGCUGGCAGCUCUGCCCGAAAAUAUCGGCAAUGGCCUGUACCUGCACAACAACCCCAUCAGGUGCAGCUGCCCUCUCUACCUGAUGCUUCAGCGCUGGAAUCAGCGAGGUUUCAGCUCAGUGAAAGAUUUUUCUGAGGAACACACCUGUAAGGUAUCUGACAACGUGCCCCGGUCCCUGAUCAAGUUCCUCAAACACAGCCACAUGUUUGAGAACUGCUCGGCAAGCGCUGAAGAUGUGCACCUCUCACACUUGGAGGUGACAGUGGGCCAGCCCAUCCUGCUCACCUGUAACACCAGUAACACCAGCCUGCCGCACACAGCCACUACCUACAUGUGGAUCACCCCUCAGCACGAGCCCAUCAAACACCCAGGGAACAGCAAUCGCUCCCUGGAGGUCUAUGGCAAUGGCAGCCUGAGGAUCGCUGUAGCCAAGCCCUGGCUCUCAGGGGUCUAUGUAGGCUUGGCCAUGAACAGCCCCUACAACUUCAGCAGGAUGUGUGAGUUCAACAUGACCGUCCUUUACCCCAAGGCAGCUGGGGAGACCUUCAGCACUGGCCUCACGACCCUGCUGGGCUGCAUUGUGAGCCUGGUGCUGGUGAUCAUCUACUUGUACCUCACACCGUGCCGCUGCCUGGGCUGCUGCAAGAAGCCAGCCCCGCUGAGCCCCCCGCAGGAGUGCAGUGCCCAGUCCUCCAUCCUCAGCGCCACUCCCCCUGCCACCGACGGGCCAAACCGCAAGGCCAGCGCCAACAAACACGUUGUGUUCCUUGAGCCCAUCAGGGAGACACAGAAUGGCAAGAUCCGCCUGGCCCUCGGCGAGGACUUCCCUGACCCCAAGCAUCCCAAGGUCCUGCAGCUCAAGUCGGACUCAGAGUCCAUCAGCUCUGUCUUUUCUGAUACCCCCAUUGUGUCCUAGUGGGAGAGAGCUGGGAGCAG